CGGCUCCGCCCCUUCCGGCGCCGUUUCUUUAAGGCCCCUGAGGCGCGGCGGCGGGAGCGGUGGUGGCACUGGAUGACCGUAACUAAACAAUGUCUGUACCACGUGGAGCUGUCCAUGCAAAAUGGAGCGCCAAAGUGCGAGUGACAAGGCUUGUGCUAGAUCCUUACUUACUGAAGUUCUUUAACAAACGAAAAACCUAUUUUGCCCAUGAUCCAUUGCAGCAGUGUGUUGUUGGAGACAUUGUUCUUCUGAAAGCUUUGCCUGAGCGGAGGAGCAAACAUGUGAAACACGAACUGGCUGAAAUUGUUUUCAAGGUUGGAAAUGUCAUAGAUCCAAUAACAGGGAAGCCCUGUGCAGGAACCAGAUUCCUUGAAAAUCUGUCAGAUUCGGAAAAUCUGACAGAGGCAGAUACUACCUAUCUAAGUGAAAAACUUCAGGAACUUAAAGUUUGUUCAACAGACAAAUAGUGGAGGAAAAUAUUUAUACAAGGGAGCUUUUCAGCUUGUCUCUGUCAGGGAUGUUUGGGGGCCCACUGUUUUAUGUUAAAUGUUUCAGUGAAAUCUGUAGUCAAAAUAAGUAGUAAACAUAGUUGCUUACAAGAACAGAUGUUACAGAUUGAUAGGCACCUGAAAUCUUUAAAUGAAAAUGUAGAGAAAAUGAGUUUAGUGUUAAUACUUUAUUUUGUUGCAUGUAGUUUUGCCCCAAGCCUUGACAGUUUCAGAAGCGAACUGCUCACUUGAAAUGACUCUUCCAUAUUGAGAAAGUCAAGAAUGUGAUUGUAUAAUGUAUAAGUUUGCUGGGAGGGUCAUUAUAUUAUUUGAUUGUUCUGUAUUUCAGACAGUCUGUGGUUUGUAGGAUUACCUAACACCAUGCUAUUAAACCUUUUGAAAGGAAGUUUAGAAUUUUAAAACCAGCUACCUGCAUGUGUCCUUAUUUCCUCUUACAGUCAUUCAUACCACAUUGCAGUAUCUUCUGACUUGCAAAAUCUUGAAACACAAAAACACAGCCACUUGCCUUUAUAAUGGCAGUAAGGUGAGAAUAAAAACUUUGGGUAGCUUAGCAUGGUUGCCUUUGUAACCUGUCCAAAGGAAGUAUUUAGUUCUGGGAGAGGUGGAUCUCUUUGAACUGCCAGCAGGAAAUAGCUGAUGAGAACAGAAAGCAAAACAAGAUGGUUUGAUUUAGUCUCACCAAAAAAGCUAAUAAAACAACACAUUUUGGAAGAGAUACAGGUUCUGAUUUUCUGUGUGCCAUAGCAGGUAAUGAUUAAAGAUGACUGCCCAGCUACAGCUCUGGGAUCUUGUGUCCUGUCUUCCAGGAUGUAAAGCAAACCAAGAGCAUGCAGCUGUUACAGCAGCCUUGUGAUGCUGACUUUUAAUUCAGCUCUAAAAGGGCUUCUGCCUCAAAACCCAGCAUUCGUGGGGACAGCAUUCCAUGUCCCUGUAUGGAGGGGUGAGCAGUAUAUUAAAGCUAUGAGAAAUCCUUUUUUGAAGUGUCUACCUAGUCAUUGGUUUUUGUUUAAGAUCAGAAACUAAACAAAGUGUAUCUGAACAGACUUCCUCUGACUAAAAUAUUUUACUUGAAGAAACUGAGCCAGCUUAUGCUAGUGAGCUGUCAGUUGUGUUCUCUUGCAUUGUCAGGGUGGUGUAAAUCAUUUGCUCUUUAACUUCCUUCACCUGCACAAAACCAAGUUUCAGCUGCCUGCAAACUGCUAACAAGGUCCAGUUGAACUCAGCAAAUUAUUUGGGACAGGAAGAAUGAGAAGCUUAAAUUUUCUUCAGUGCUUCAAACCACUCUUUGGAAUGCUAGUCCUCAAACACUGUCCUGUGUGUCAGAUCAAUAAGCUGGGAUGUCAAGAUGCCUUGAUUCAAAUGUCUCCAUGUAAAUCAAUAAUGUGAAUGUGGUCUCUGACUUUGAAGAAGUGUCUUAAACAUAUGGCUGUAGGUUAUUCUUGUUGGUAUGUUUGCUGAAGUGGUUUAGCUUUAUGUAAAUUACUCAGUAACUGUAGCUGGCUGAUUAGGGCCCUCAUGGAAGUGGAAGGAGACCUGGGCUCUCCUGCUCGAGUGAAUGUAAAAUGUGAAACUCCAUCCCUAGCAGAGAUUGAGAGAAAUCAGACCCAGGCCAGAACAUGGCCCUGGGCUGUAGGAAAUACACUGAGGUUGUAUCCAAGCAGGCAAUAAAGGAACUUGACCCUCAGUACAUGGGAUAUGAGUGUUCCAAUAACUAGACAUACAAUGUUUAUGAGAAAUAGUUUCCUGUUUCAUUAAUGAGUUGCAUCUACAGCUAAUUGGGGAAGUAAAUCUUCUUUCCCUUUAUCUCCUGUGAUUUUUCUUGAGUAGCUGUGAAAAUGUCAUAUGUUUUUUCUAAGAUUGAUUCGUCACAGAAGGUUGUCAGGUUUUUUUCAGUUUACAGGUUGGCUCCCGGAGGGUUGCUCGAGAACUCAUCGUGCUGUCAGAUCAAAAUGUGAUUAAAUGGACAUAGCCUGAGGUGUCGCUUGUUUUUAAAAGCAUGAUGGCAAUUGUAGGUUAAACUGGUUUCUACAGAGGCGCCACAAACAUUGUACUUUGCUGUUGUUCAGGCACAUUGCACGUGCUAGCCUCUGGCUUGCUCUCAGAGUGCUGAUGUAAAGAUCAUAAAAUGGCAAUGGAGACGGCGCAGUGACAUCAUACAAACUUCGUGCUGGGCAGAAGGACAAGGCUUGCUCAUUAACUUGUGUUUUAUGUUUCUUGGCUGGUUGCUUUUAGAACUGGCCUUUACCUAUUAGCCCAAUUAUAAGUUUAUUCUUAAUUUUCAGUCAUUUAAGGAUUUGAUGCCAGCGUACGCCACCAGUUUAGCCCAAUGAAAUACUCCUGUAGCUGGAACGGUGUGGAGAAAAGAUUUCAACUACGUGUGGGUGACAAAUUUAUUUCGGGAAGGAGACACGAGUUUUUGCACGUGAUUCAAAGAACGUU